GCCAUCUCCCUCAGUCUCCAUCCCUCUGAAGACCUCUUUAUUUGGAGAUCCCGGAAACCACAAGCACCUCUCUCCUUGAUGACUGACACACAUAGGAACUGAGCUGCAGCUUGUGUUUAUUUGAUUGUGCUGCCCUCUUUUUGCAUUCCUGCUGUUGUCUCGUUUCUAAUAUUGGGUUACAGCGGAUCUGUGUCAGCAUCGGGAAGCAGGUUUCUAAAAUGGCAGAAGUUCAGGAAUUAAUGGACAGAUUGGAGAAAGCUGUUGUAAAACUGGAAUCAGUACUGGCAAAUUCACACUCUUCUUUAUUAACAGAUAAUAAUAUUGCCAAUGGAAUUGAUGAAGGUCUUGCUCCAUUUGUAGAAGCUUUUGAUUUUCUACUGACAGGGGCUCUUGGAGAAUAUAUCAAGAACAGCAAGAUCAUAGGUGGUGAUGUGGAGAUUCAUGCUGGACUAGUUGAAGGGGCCUUCAAGGCUCAAAGAACAUUCUUAGUUUUUGCAUCCCAGCACCAGCAACCACAACAGGCUGACGAUACCUUGAUUUUGAAGCCCAUAUCAGAAAAAAUCCAAGAAAUACAGACAUAUAGAGAGAAAAAUCGAGGAAGCAAAAUGUUUAACCAUCUUUCUGCUAUCAGCGAGAGUAUACCAGCACUUGGAUGGAUUACAAUGGCCCCAAAACCUGGUCCCUAUGUCAAAGAAAUGAUGGACGCUGCUACCUUUUACACAAACAGGGUAUUAAAAGAUUACAAAAACACUGAUGCACGUCAUGUGGAUUGGGUCAAGUCAUGCUUGAAUAUUUGGACUGAGUUGCAAGCAUAUAUUAAAGAAUAUCAUACCACUGGUGUUUCUUGGCUUAAAGAUGGUACAAAUAUAAAAGCGACACCACCACCAAGCACACCUGGAGGGCAGUGUCCACUCCCACCACCUCCUCCACCUCCGCCACCAGCACUUCCUUCACUGUUUGAAACGCAGUCUUCCAAAGAUGAUAUGUCUCAAGACCGAUCAGCUCUGUUUGCACAGCUUAACCAAGGAGAAGAAAUUACAAAAGGGCUUCGACAUGUUUCUGAUCAGGAGAAGACACAUAAGAACCCUAAAUUGCGUGGCCAAGUUGGACCUAUCCGAUCAUCAACAAAUAAUCCUGCAACAAGUCCCAGUUCACCUCAGUCUCCCCCAAAGAAGAUCUACUCUCCCCUGUUAGAGUUAGAGGGAAAGAAAUGGAGAGUGGAAUACCAAGAAGGCAUAGACGGCCUGGUGAUCUCUGAAACGGAGCUAAAGCAAGUGGCAUACAUUUUCAAGUGCAAUAAGUCAACUUUACGAAUCAAAGGAAAAAUAAACUCAAUCAUCAUCGACAACUGCACAAAGCUUGGCCUUGUUUUUGAUGAUGUUGUGGGCAUCGUAGAAGUAAUUAAUUCAAAGGAUGUUCAGUUACAGGUUCUAGGUAAAGUGCCAACUAUUUCAAUCAACAAGACAGAUGGCUGUCACGUAUACCUAAGUAAGGAUUCAAUAGACUGCGAGAUUGUGAGUGCCAAGUCUUCUGAAAUGAAUAUCCUUGUCCCAAAGGAUGGCGAUUACAAAGAAUUUCCUGUUCCUGAACAGUUCAAGACAUCAUGGGAUGGAUCCAAGUUGGUCACUGAACCUGCAGAAAUGAUGGGCUAGUCUAAUGCCAUGCUUUUUAGGUGCAUCAGCCCAGGAGAUGGUGUUUAACUCUUUCCUGGGGCAGUGCUGCCUAUAUUGCACUUGAAGUGUGCUGCAUGAUCCUCCAACGAGCAGAAUAAGCAAAUGACUCCAUAUUGUUGUAAUGGACAUUUGAUAAAGCACCAGAUCCUCAAACCAAUUAAUAAUGCAUAUACAGGGAAUGUGCAUAGCCUUAAAGCAGUUUAACCAUUCAGUUGACGAGAUUUAAAUAACCAGGUAGUCAAUGUAUUAUUUUAGACAGCCUCACUAUUGCUAUAACUCACCAUCUCUAUUGAUGCAAACCUUUUUGUAUAUAAAAAAAAUAACACAGCCCAGCUAAUAAAAAUCCAAAGCCAUCUCUAUUUAAAGCACAAUCUAGAUCCUUUCAUUCCUAAUCAUUUCUUCACAUUAAAAUGCAGUGAUUUGUGUAUUUAAUAUUUGAUUUAAUAUAUCCUAAAGGCUAUUUUAAUAUAAUAAGUGAGUUUGACUGUAAAUAUAUAUCCCAUUAUAAAUUAUUUCCCUUUUUAUUCAUAGUGAGCAUGUGGGCAGCCCUGAUCUCAUAUGAUGCUGCCUAUAUAAGCUCUUUGGUAGAGACAUAAAUGAUCAGACUGACAGAAUUUUUUUUUUAGCUACAUUAAACUAUUGGAUCCUUCAGCACUGUUUUACAUUAAACGCACACCACUGAUAAUUCAGUAUAUUACUGAAGGUCAUGUUUUCCCUCUUAUAAACACUGCCUAUUUUAAUUACUGCUAAGACCAUACCUACAGUUAUAAUUUAAUGACUGCAUACUAAAUAUUUGGUGUCCAGCAUGAACAUCAUAAACAUAUCAAAAGCCCUUAAAUGCUAUAUAAACCAAUCCCUGUUAAGGUUAAAUACGAUAAAGUACAAUUUCACUUAAGUUAAAGGGACAGUAAAGUUAAAAUUAUGCUUCGAUAAUACAAGUACAUUGAGAAGUUGUUUUAAAUGUGUACUUUACUGUCCCUUUAAGGAAACAUUGUAGGGAGAAACUCCACCACCACCACCACUGCUUGGGUAAUUAUGAGAUGGUCACAGAUAAUGCAGACUAUAUGCCAUAGCAGCCCAGGUACCACUGAUCUCUCCAAAGCAUGGCACAAGGGUCACUCCUAAUAAAAGGGUCACUAUUCAAGGUAGUGGCAUUUUAUUUUUUCAUUUGGGUACACCAGACGUUUUGGCUUUUGGAGGAAUAAUGAAUAGAAGCGUAGCUGUAGCUGUGUUGUUUUAGGAGCUGGUGCUUUAAAUUACUCAAUCAAAAAUGUCCAUGAGAUGCAAUACUGUAGUCUUUAUUUUAUUUUUAUUUUUUUUUAAUUUUGCACAUUUUGUUACUUACUAAUUUCUGCCUCAUGUGGUUCAUUGGAAAUCCAUGACCUACAAUGACCACCAGCAGCUUAAAUAGUCAUAAAACUAAAUUUAUUAUGCCCAAAUAACAUAUGGUGUAUAUUAUAUUACUACAUUUACAUGUUGUAACAGCAUUCCUUUUUGUUUCUAGAGAAAACUAGUCAUUUAGAUAGUUUUGAAGUUCAUCUAACUAUUGAUUACUUAAUGUGCUUUCUGUUGUAUAAGCAACUGUCUUCUAUGCUUGCUUUUUGUUUUGCUUUCUUGGGGGUCUUUUCAUGGUGAACUGUGCUUUUCUAUGCUGUAUCUUUGUAAACAUUUGCACUGUAACAAUAAAAACAGAUUAAUAAUAAAUCAAACAAUGAAUUAAAAAAUAUGCAGACCAAGAACAUAGAUGAAAAUAGUUAAAUCAUAUUCUAUCAGUGCACUACACUCUUAGCAUGUCGGAAGAACUACUGAUCACCUAGUACACUGUAAAUUAUUAUAUAGAAGUUAGAAAUAUGUCCAACAGCUAAACAUUAAAAAAGUUAAAAAAAAAAAGAAAUAUAAGGAAGGAAAAUAAAACCUUUGGGUUGUUGUGUCUUUUUAACCUGUUAAAUCUCAGUACUGUAUCUUUAUACUGAUUUAUGUAUUCUUGUUUUGGACUCGUAAUAUUUAAUGCAUUACUCUCCAAUGAUCAACCAGUAGACGACCAGUGGAAUGUUACCAUGACAUCAGAGCACAAAUGUGUCUACAGUCUUUUGUAUUACCCAGAAGAACAUAAUUGCUUCAGUAUCCAGAAAUAACCAAAUUCUUAGAGAAAAAAUGCAGUUCAGUCUAGGAGACCCCCUAAUUCCAGUUAUUUUAAAAAUACAUUAGGACUCAUGGGACAGUUGCUUAAAGGUGCACUAACUGGGUAUUACACAGGGUAAGGUUUGCUGAGAUGUUAGCCAGCAUGUUGAUAGAGAGCAUUGGAUGGUUACCAAAUAUACUGAAGAGGAGCUAAAUCUGAGAAUCUAUAUUGCACAAGUUCACUGAUAAGAUGACACUUGCAUCACAUUUUAUAUUUGUAUUGUCUAAUUUAUAACAGAGAUGUAAAUAAAAAGGCUACAGAUGUAAUAAAACAAUAAGACUGAAAUGCUACUAUAUAUUUACCAUCUUCAAGAUGUAUGCAUUCCAUGAGGAUACCUAUAUAAAAGCACCAGUUAUCAUUUCUAAAUCAUUAUUGCAAAUGGUUCCACUGUAGAUUUUAUUCAUCUACUGUAACCAUUUGAGCCAGUGUUUUAAUCAGACAAAUAUAAUAUUUUUGUUCAUAAGCAUUGCAUUUCCAUAUUGACUAGGGGCCACAGGUCUAUAUACUAUUUAGCCGAGUCAAGAAAAACAAAGAUAAUUCUGGAUUUAAAAAAAAAAAAAAGUUGGUUGCCUCAGUUUAUCCUCAUAGUAAGCAAUGAAAUUUAAUUAGAAAUAGAUUUCAUAUAUAGGCAUUAUGCAGACGGUCUCUGUGUGCUUUUGGGUCUAAUUACACUAUUAGUUUGAUGCUUUCGUUUCACAUACACACUCAUAAAUCUAUUCCGCUCACUGUUAGUGAGGCAAAAAAAAAAGUUUAAACAACGUUCAACCCUUUUCUGCCCCUGGAGUGCUGUCUGUAAAAUGACAUAUUCAUGUUUUUCCCACUAGAGAAAUGUGUUUAAAAAAGGGGGAUUGAUCAGGUCUCUUGACUAAAUAUAUUUAACCAGAUAUUUUUUUUAGUAGUAUGUGUUUAAUAUUUCAUUAGAUGUCCAUAAACUAUAUAAACAUAACAAUAUUUAAAUUUAUUUGACAAUAAAAACUGCAGAUAUUACAUUUAGAAAUAUGACGCAGCAUGUAGACCUGAAAACCUAAGUAUAUUAUUACCUCCAAAUAGAAGGCAAAUCUUCAAAUGAUAAAAAUGUAUUAUAGCCAGAUAAAGGAAUAAAGAAGUGAUUAUAAAAGAAAAGGAAUGAAGAGUAUUUUGGUAAUGUGAAAUUGUGGGUGUAAACAGUUAGGAAAGCAGUUGUCAAGUUUAGUACUUUUGAACCCUGCAAUGUUUGUAGUUAGAGCCAUAACCCUUAUGUUGUGUUUUUGACAAGGAUAUGAACACUAGUAUAGUAACUAAGAAGUAGGGGUUAACUUGUAUAUUCUCUAAGCAAGAUUGUUCUGGAUAUUAUAAUGUUUUAUAAUCACAAAUUUGGCAACUUGGAAUAUAAUCUUCUGUACUUACAUGAUUCAUAGAAAUUUUCCAUCCUAUCCCAAAUGCCUUAUAAGACACUUUGCAGGCGUACUGGGAUAAAAGCAUACAAGUACCAUCUACAAAUUGAAAUUAUGCAACAGUAAAUCCCUACACAUGCUUCUGUUUAGUAAACGAAACAUGUCAAAGUUUUGAAUCUUAAUAAAAAUGUUUCAAUUAUACAAUAAAAUUGAUCUUUUUGUGAA